CACCCCUUGCAUGUCUACCAUUUGAUUCCCUUCCAACACAUAAACACAUACAAGUUUAGAAGAUCAGACUAAAGCUUCAGACAUGGCCACCGUCACUUCUACUGCUGUUUCUAUUCCAUCAUUCACUGGCCUUAAGGCAGCUGGAACAAACGCAGGCAAAGUUAGUGCCAAAGCUAAGGUGUCAAGUUCCCAAUUGCCAAGGCUCAGCGUCAAAGCUUCACUUAAAGACGUUGGAGUUGCUGUGGUUGCCACUGCUGCCAGCGCAGUGCUAGCUAGCAAUGCCAUGGCCAUUGAAGUCUUGCUUGGUGGUGAUGACGGGUCUCUGGCUUUUAUUCCCAAUAGUUUCUCAGUGAGCGCUGGAGAAAAGAUCACAUUCAAGAACAAUGCUGGUUUCCCGCACAAUGUUGUCUUCGACGAGGAUGAAAUUCCUAGCGGCGUUGAUGUAGCGAAAAUCUCCAUGUCUGACGAAGACCUUCUCAAUGCGCCUGGUGAGACUUUCAGCGUUACCUUGGAUGCGAAGGGAACCUACAGUUUCUACUGUUCCCCUCACCAAGGAGCUGGUAUGGUGGGAAAAGUCACUGUUAAUUAAAUGUCUGAAGUAAGGCAAUCUUGUCUUUCUCGUAUGGUUUAAGUUAAUUUUGUUUUUGUAGUAGAGCUUAAUUAAAUGUUGUUUGUUAUGGGAUUGUAUGAUAUGAACCGAUAUAAUGCUCUUAUGUAACUCAUUUACUUCGUUUGGGUUCA